AUGCUUCAGAUCGGUCGAGGCCUGGUAGGGGUGGCCACUCGCUCAAUCCGAAUUUCUCCGCUAAUCAUGGCUAAGAAUUUCUACGAAUUCGAGGUGAAGGACUCGCAGGGAAACCCCAUCAAGCUCGGCGAGAAAUACAAAGGCAAGGUCGUCAUCGUCGUGAACGUUGCAUCAGAAUGUGGUCUCACCAACGCGAACUACACGCAGAUGAAGGAGCUUCUCGACAAGUACAAGUCGCAAGGACUGGAGGUCGCUGCCUUCCCGUGCAAUCAAUUCGGUGGCCAGGAGCCAAAAUGCGAGCUGGAUAUCAAGAACUUUGUGGCUGACAAGUUCAAAUUUGAGCCCGACCUUUUCGGAAAAGUCAAGGUGAAUGGGGAUGAUGCCGAUCCGCUGUGGAAAUUUUUGAAGAAGGAACAGGGCGGCACCCUCCUCGACGCCAUCAAGUGGAAUUUCACCAAAUUCCUCGUUGACCGUGAGGGCAACAUUGUGAAGCGUUACGGACCUACACACGAACCAAAAGACAUGGUCAAGGAUGUUGAGAAGGUGCUCGCCGGCAGCAAGCUU